AUGUUAGAUUUUGAACGUGUUUCAUCACCAUCUUCAUCUAAACGUUCUCGCUUUUUAGCAGUAGUGGUUGUUGAUUCUGGAUCUUCUAAAACAACAUCUCCUGUUUCUUUUCAAAAAUUAGCACUUUCACCAAUCAUUAGAAUCAUACCACGAGUACGAUCAGUUCGUGAAUCAACGCUAGCUUCGUCUCCGGGUUCAAAUUUUUGA